AUGCCCCUCAAACUCCUGACAGCAGAGCCAGGAGAUAUUCCUCGCAUUGUUCAGCUUGAGGACGAGGCCUUCGCUGACAGUCCCCUCACUCCAAUCCUAUUUCCAGGCGGAAAGUCCCAGGAUUCACAAGAUACCUAUGUUGAGAACCUUUUACAGCAGUGGCAGGACAAUUCUGCCAGCCGGACAAUCAAGGUCAUUGACACUGACCUCGACGGCGAGAUAAUCGCCUUCGCACGCUGGUAUAUUUUUAUUGGUGAUGAUGUGAGGUUCAUCAAAACGGACCCGAACGAGCGCCACAAUAUGCCUGGAAGUAAUGAGGCAGCUUGCAAUGAAUUCUUUGGAGGCUUGCUGAAGAUUCGUGCAAGAAUUCUGGGCAGGAAUCCUCAUUGCUUUCUCAGUACGCUGUGCACAGAUCCUCAGCAUCAGCGGCGUGGAGCAGGAACGAUGCUAAUCCAAUGGGGUUGUGAUAUCGCACAGAAGCAUGGAGUACCCAGUUUUCUAGAGGCAUCACCUGCUGGCCUUCCGGUGUAUCAGAAAUCUGGAUUUGAAGAAGUGGAUAGAUUCGUGUUCAACCUUGAGAAAUAUGGCGGAGAAGGCAGCAGGGUCAAUGUGCAAAUGAUCAAAUAUCCAGAGACUGCUUCAAAGAUUGUUCAGAACGAUGAGAAACUCCAAGCAUAG